AUGGGGUCAUCAUUAUCAGUGUUUGCUAGAAUAUGGAAUAGAAUGUUUAACAAUGCAGAGUAUAAAGUGAUCAUUGUUGGUUUAAACGCAGCAGGAAAAACAACAACCCUAUACAAGUUACUACUCGAUGAAGUUGUAUCUACGACACCUACUGUUGGGUCAAACCUCGAGGAGUUUGUCUAUAGGAACAUACGUUUGUUAAUGUGGGAUUUGGGUGGUCAAGACUUGCUCAGAUCAACGUGGAAUCAAUACUAUAUCAAUACUCAAGCUGUCAUUUUGGUUAUAGAUAGUACUGAUCGUACUAGAGUACCUUUAAUCAAAGAAGAAUUAUUUAAAAUGUUGGCUCAUGAGAAAUCAAUUAUACUAUUGUUUGCAAAUAAACAAGAUCUUAAAGGUGCCAUGUCUGCAACUGAAUUAACAAACUUAUUAUCAUUACAUACUAUUAAAGAUCAUGAUUGGCAUAUUCAAGCAUGUUGUGCGUUAACAGGUGAUGGUUUGGAACAAGGUAUGGAUUGGCUUGUAUCUCAUAUUAAUAAGACAUAA